GGCUGAGUGACGUCAGACAGGAACCAGUGGAAGGGAGCCUGACAAAUCAAGAUGGCGUCCCUCGGCAGAAAAGGAAAGAUAUUUCAAAACAAAUAAAAAACACUGGACUAUAAUUCUAAUUAAGACAGCACAUUUAUUAGAACAAAGUCAUAUCUGUAACAGCAAGACGGAGCAGAUAAAGUAUCUAAAUGGCUACAAGGACAUCUUUAUCGGAUGCACAAAACAAUGGACCUAUUUGCUACCUUGAUGACGUUCCCUUCAAGGUCAAUGAAAAAUUUCGCUGUCCCGCCAAGGUGGGGCUUCCUGUUGGAUUUUGUCUGCCAGACUGUACCUCUGUUUUGGUGGACACGCAGUAUGACUUCUCUCUGGAGAAUCUAAGUAUUCGCUGGGGGGAGGAACUGGCCGAGGCACGAGAAGCGGAGGCACGAGCCGAAGAGGGCGUAGCCCAACAGGACGCAGAAAAUCAAGAAAGCUCGGCUCAGGCUGAGGACACGAAUGGUGGUGGAGGGAAGAAAGCCUCAUCUGCUGCUGGCGACAACGAUCCUCCCCCACCAGCAAUGAACCCUGUUUUGGCAGGAUUGAGUCAUGAUGCUAUACUCACUCCUCUGCCUGCCCCGAGUGUUGGCCCGAGGAAAAUCCAGCCCAGCACUCCUCAGGCACAUGGCCUCAACCUUGCUGAAUUUGAGCGGGAAGAGGACCCCUUUGACAAGCUGGAGCUGAAAACGUUGGAUGACAAAGAGGAGCUUCGAAACAUUCUCCAGAGCCAGCCUCAACCCGCUUCUUCGGUAUCCCCUCCAGUUGGGUCCCAGCAAGGGCCAGCUUCACGUGGAAACACCCCGUCUCCUCCCACCAAUGCCAGCCCUCCCGUGAAAACGGUCUCUGGCCAUAAAGCCAACGGCUUGGUCGCCUUGAUGGAUAUGGACAGAGUUGGGCAACAUGGCAGAUCGGGUUUGGAAGUGGAGGAUAGGCCCUGCAACAUCCGCUCUCUGAGUUUUCCCAAACUUUCAGAUUCUGGGGAUCCCGAACCAGUGAGGUACAGCUCACGCAAUACGCUCGUGCCUUCUCCGCAACGGAACCUACCAAAUGGCAGCCCCCCGAUCAAACCCAAGUCCCAAGUUAUUGUUGCCCCUGAGAAGCUCGACUUCUGUAAGGCUGGUGGACCAAAACAGGUGAACUCGCUGUCGGGUUCGGCCGGGUUGCCAUGUGGGGGAGCCUUGCUUAGCAUGACCCCUGCCGAGCGCCAAUGUGUGGAGACCCUUGUCGGCAUGGGUUAUUCUUAUGAGGGUGUUCUUCGGGCCAUGCAGCGACAAGGACAGAAUGUGGAGCAGGUUCUGGAUUAUCUCUUCAUCCACGGACGUCUUUGCGAGCGGGGCUUCGAUGCAAGUGCAGUGGAGGAAUGUUUAGAGAUGUACCAAUGCUCUGAAGAAAAGGCAUUGCAGUUCCUUGAGCUGAUGUCAAGAUUUGGUGAGAUGGGCUUUGAGCGGGAUGCCAUUAAAGAGGUGCUACUGGUUCACAACAAUGAUCAAGACAAGGCGCUAGAGGACCUAAUGGCUCGGGCUACUGCCAGCUGAGCCAAGCCAGUGAAGCAACCGCUGCAGAGCCCGCUUCCUGUUAACAUCUCACACAGCCCCCCCCCCCUUUUUUUUCUGCCACCCCCCCUUAAAUCACACCAUGCCCUGCAACAUGUGCUUGCCUUGGCUGUGGAUGGGACAACUGGGAGAACAGUUGCUCUCCAUGCUAAAACUGUAUUGUUUCUCAAGCACUUUAAGACUGUGUGCCAAGAGUAACAAUACUUCACAGCGGUGUUUCUUCCUAAUAAACGCUGAGGUUAGGUUCCAGGAGCUGGUACCGCUUUGGUUUUGAAGACGGGCGAGGCGGACCUAGAAGAAUUGGGCUAUUGGCUUUGAUGCCAUUUAUGUUUGCUUCCACUUGGAAGUGUUGAACUGACUUUAGGUCAGGAUUUGGAGGAGGUUUAAACUCUUGAAACUGCUUAAAACAGCCAAGCUGCCAUCUUCCACUGCUCAGUGCAGAUCCCGUAAGUGGUGGAAAGGAUACGGGGCUUUCUUGAAAUUCAAUCAAGGAACAUUCUAAAGACAAAAAACAGGAUGAAAAUCAAAGGCGCUCACGGUACCUUCUUUCAUUUGUUUCCUCUGUUAAUUUGGCCACUUUUCAUGUCAGAUUCAACGUUUCGCUCAAUUUGAUUUCAGAUUUGCAUCAUCAAACAUUCAUCAUCACAACCCAAAAAAGUGAUACGACUGCCCCAGGUUGCUCUUUACUUGCAUAGGAACCGACCUGCUGCAUGAGAUUGAGGGUCUGCUCUUGAUUAAAACAAAAUCUAUACCCCACUGGCAUUGACACUUAUUUUGUAAUUACCAACUUAUUUAAGAUAGUACACUGAUACUUUAAUUUGAACAUAUAGAGUUGGAUAUAAUGUAAGCUAUGUUAACAAAACUGACACUUUUAACUUUAAUUUGUUUGCAUACUGGGAAAGCGUGGAUGGUUGUAGGGGGAUGUGCGUUGAGAUUUCUGUUUUGUAACCACAUCUUAGUGUAAUAGAGACAUGUAAAGGAACCGGUAAAUGUUCUCCGGUCUUAAAAGUCUUGCUGAAAAUUUGGAUGGAAGUUGGCAAGUUAGUAAUUUUAUCAUUUCAUCCAUCUAAUCAAACAUGACUUAUGUUGGUUGACUUGUUCAUAUGUUUUGAUUAAAAAUCUCAUUCAGAUUUGUUGCCAA